UAUAUACUUCAUUAUAUGCAGAUUAUGCAUUUGCUGCUGCUAUACCUAUACUGGUAGAGCAAUUAAAAGAAGAUAAUUAUCUUGAUAUACAGUUGAUUGUUUUAAUGAUAUUAGGAUUCUUAUUUGGUCUUUUGCUCACAGGAUUCACAUUAGUUCAUACAACAUACUUGCUACAAAAUAGGACUACAAUUGAAAGUAUUUCAUUUCGUUCGAGAACAUAUCAUGUACGUGUACAAUUUGAUACCGAAAAUCCAUUAGGUUAUGGUGUAGCAACCACUCGUCCUGGUGAAAAUUUGUGGAAUCUUGGUUGGAAAAAAAAUUGGAAAUAUGUUAUGGGUGAUAAAUGGUGGCUAUGGUUUAUACCAUUCGGUAAUCCUCCUGGUAAUGGUCUAGUCUAUCCUUUUAAUCCCGAUUUACAGUCUAGAUUAAUUGAGGAUGCUAGAAGACAAUCUCAAGUACAAGAGGAUAGAAUGAACAUGAUGAUGCAACAAGCUCAACAAAGUAAUACUAGAGGUGCCACGACCAUUGAUGCGAGUGGUAGUGGAGGUGGAGGCGGUAAACUUGGUGGAAGAAGAUUAUGA